UGGGCAAUCAUCACAUCGCUCGUCGACGGUACGUUUCCCGUCGACUGCACGACAUAUGCUUUGGCACCAAAGACUCGUGACGGCCCAGUAAUCCUGCAGUUGCCCAAGAUGGCGGCCAUCAACAAGCCCCAAGUGGUAGAAUUCUACUACGAUAUCGUCUGCCCCUUCGCAUACAUUGCGUCUCUGCGCCUUCCCGCCAUCGCCGCCCACGCAAGCGCAAGAAUCUCGUACCAGCCCGUCCUGCUCGGCGGCAUCUACCGCGCCACGCAGGCCCAGCAGGGCGCCCACGGGUCCGCCAGCGACGUCGCGAACCCGACGAAGCGCGCGUACGGCAGCAGGCACUUUGCCCGGACGUGCCGCCGGCUCGGCGUCCCGCUCACCUGGCCGGACAAGGACAACCACCCUGUCCGCAGCGUCGACGCGCUCAGGCUGCUGUACGGAAUUCCCGAUGAUGACGGCGACGGGCGGGGCCUCAGGGCGGCGGUGAGUCAGGCGCUGUACAGAACGUACUGGGUUGAGGGACGGGGGAAGGAGGUUCUAGGGAGCAGAGAGGCGCUCUUGGAGGUUGCGAGGAAGGCGCUGGUGCCCAUCUUGGGUAGUGGUGGAGAAGAAGAAGUGGACAAGAUCGUGACGAUGGCCGUGUUUGACGAUCCGGCGGCCAAGGCUGCGCUCGAGGAGAACACGGCCAAGGCGGUCGCCCGCGGGGCGCCGGGCGUGCCAGGGUUUUGGGUCCCUGAUGUCGAGUGGGUUGGGCCUGCUGGGCUUGACGAUGUGAGACGGGGCCGAUUCUUCUGGGGCCAGGACCGCAUGCAUUUCUUGCACGCUGCCCUGCUGCAGGCCGCUUCUGGCAAGAGCGGCGGCAGCCAGCCGGUGCCCAAGUUGCUGUCGCUUGUGCCGCGUGCUCGACCCCUGGGCAGGCUGCCGGGCGGAGAACAGGUCAGGCUCGAGUUCUGGUACGACUUCAGCAGUCCGUGGGCCUACCUCGGCUGGUCUGGCCUGGCGAGGCUGCAGCGGCAGUUUGGCGGCAAGGCCAAGCUCGAGAUUGUGCUCCGGCCAGUACUGCUGGGCGUCGUCUUCCGGGAAAUCGGCGCCCCGAUGCUGCCUCUGUUUGCUGCAUCACCGCAGAAGCGCGCGUGGAGUUCCCUGGACAUGCAAGACUGGGAGCGCUUCUGGCAGGCCGUGGACAACCAGGACGGCUUGGAGGGCAAGGACGUCAUGCCUGAGCCGCUCCGGUGGCCAGAUGUGUUCCCCAUCCGCUCGCCAAACCUGUCGAGGUGUGCCCUAGUGGACGAGGCGGUCGUGCCCACUCUGUACCGUGCCUGCUGGGUGCAGAACAAGAACAUGUCCGACGAUGCCGUGCUCGUUGCAGUCCUUGACGAGGCGGGCUUUGAUGGCAAGGCCCUGCUGGCCAGGGCCAAGACGCCCGAGAUCAAGCAGCAGCUUGCCGACAAUACCAAGGAGGCCAUCGAUGCUGGUUUCUGCGGAGCGCCCACUUACAGAGUGUUCCAUCGUGACGCCUCAUCCACGGAGCGCGGGCGAAAUCAGGGAUGGAAGCAGUUUGGCAGCUGUGUCUGGGGUCAGGACGAUACGGCCCUGGUCCAGGACCUGAUCUCUGGAUGGGAUGAAGAUGGAUCGUCGCGGGAGGUGGCUAAGAUUGAGGCUAUAGAAGCUACGAACAAGGCAAGACUCGAGAAGCUGUAGAUAUAUCUAGUGAAAUUGAUUAUUCUCUGAGAACGCCAGUAAGGAAUAUGCUGUGCUUCCGAAACAAAGUCUAAUCAGACCUAAAGCUAUGUGCGGCCGUGUACGUGCAGCCAAACAGCUUUCUGUGCUGCCCAUGAAUCUGUUCUGGUAAAUUCGCCCAACUUGUA